AAAACGUAUGUACACGCCUAAAAUAGAAAGAAAGCGCUCUCUCUCUCGCUCUAUCUCUGGGAAUCAUUGUUGAAGUGGUGAGCAUACCUUUCGAUCUUUAGUUUCUCUCGUUCGGGGGGAAUCCUCUGUCGCUUCUCGAAGAAUUCCAGUCUUUCACUCGCUUCACUGCCUCGGCCGGCCUUUCAAGGGCUGUGGGAGAAUCUCUCUUCAGCGGAAUUGUGGUUGCUUGCAGGAUGUGUAAUCUUACGCAGUUAUGCUGCAGCGGAUUGUUUCAGAUUGAGCUGGAUGCAAUUCUGGUUUGCUGAUGGCUGUUGAAGCACUGGAAUUAGGGUUUAGAUACCGUUCAUAUGGUUUUAAAAAUUUGUUACCAAUUUGAAUUGGGAGCCUCUAAAUGACGUCAGCAAAAGUUUUUAAUUAAAGAGGACUACGGUUUGAUAUUAUUUUUCUUGUCAUUGGAUGGGUAAUAAGCUGGGAAGGAGGAGGCAGGUUGUGGACGACAGGUUUACUAGACCACAAGGAUUAUAUGUUCACAAAGAUGUAGAUCAUAAGAAGCUUAGAAAGCUAAUACUUGAAUCUAAGCUGGCUCCAUGUUAUCCCGGGGAUGAAGAGUGCUGUUGUGAUCUUGAAGAAUGCCCAAUUUGCUUUUUGUAUUAUCCAAGUCUCAACCGAUCAAGGUGUUGCUUGAAGGGCAUAUGCACAGAGUGCUUUUUGCAGAUGAAGAAUCCUAAUUCUACCCGUCCUACGCAAUGUCCUUUUUGCAAAACCUCCAACUACGCCGUGGAGUAUCGAGGUUUGAAAACAAAGGAGGAGAAAGGCUUGGAGCAGAUAGAAGAGCAACGUGUCAUAGAAGCAAAGAUUAGGAUGCGACAGCAGGAAAUUCAGGAUGAAGAAGAGAGAAUGCAGAAAAGACUACAAUUUAGUUCAUCUGGUGGUGCAAGUAUUGCCUUGGGUGAGAUUGAGCAGAGCUCAGUAGCAGCUCCAUCUUACGGGCCUCCUAUGGAAGAUGUUGAAAUUACUUCUUCCCAAGAUUCAAGUGCUGGCCCCAUGUGCAGUCAGCCUUCACAACCUAGGGCCAACCGGGAUGAUGAAUUUGACCUGGAUCUUGAAGACAUUAUGUUCAUGGAAGCAAUCUGGCUCUCCGUCCAGGAUAAUGGCAGGCUGGGAAUUCCAGCAUAUGGUGAUGCUGCUCCUGAUGAACAGCAUAUUACAGAAGAUCGCUUUGUCUCACCGACCUUGUUGCCAGUGGCUGUAUCAUCAUCUUCCCCUUCUGGGGGACUGGCUUGUGCAAUAGCUGCCCUUGCGGAGCGUCAGCAGAUUGGUGGAGAUUCAUCUACCAACCACAAUGGAAGCAUUUCAGCACUCAACAUGCUUCCAGGCAGUAGUAGUGCAUUUUACAACAGAGUGGGAGCAGAUGGGCAGACCUAUCCUCCAGUGGAUAGCUAUGUUGAUUUGUCACAUCACAGGGGAAUGGCAGUGACGAGGAAUGACGAUGAGUGGGGUGUAGAUCAUGGAUCGGAGGUGGCUGAAGCAGGGACUAGCUACGCAAGCUCUGAUGGGACAGAGGAAGCUGGUGGAGCAUUACCGUCAAAUGCUGGAAUUGUGAACAGUUUCCAGAAUGCCCCAGGAGCAAUAAUUCCCGAGAGUUAUGAGGAACAGAUGAUGCUAGCCAUGGCUGUUUCUCUGGCUGAAGCUCGUGCUGUGACAAGUGGAUCUGGAGUGAGUUGGCAAUAGUUCUAGGUCAAGCUUGGUGAAUGGUCUUUCUCAAAGGGAUGGUAUCGGCCAUGGUUGAUUAACUAGCUGAGCCUCGAGCGAGGGCAGAUUGAGAACGUAGUACACGCAGCUUAGUUCAAUAGGUUCAUUGUAGUGAUAGUUCUCUCCUUUCCUUGGAGCCUCUAAAUAUAUGUUAGAAGGAGAGGGAAAAAAAACUGGCUGUGCAAUUCUUAACCAUCUGUCUGUAUCCGCUAGCUUUCAUUUGUUUGCGCGCACAAUUACAUGGUGGGGUAAUGAGAAGUAAAAUGUUGGAUCUCAAACUAUUAAGUGAUAGGAUUUAUGGUCUGAGGAAUGGUGAGGUGGUAAAUUCCUGGUUUCUAAAUGGGGCCUUUGUGUAUCAAACAUUGUCCAAUAAAUUUGUGGAAACUGUGCAAUGCUGCACUCGA